AUGAAUCUCGAAAUCAGGCUACCAUCCAACGCUGAUUUCUGGACGGUGACUCGCAAAAUUGCAGGAGUACUUCAUGACGAUGACUUCCAGCCUAAUGCAAGCGACGACCGGAUGAACUUUCAACUCAAAUUCAAGGAAAGCACGGUCAGCGAAACAAGAAAUUCUGGCGGGAUCUUGACGAUACAUAAUGCGACGAUUGCUACAAAAUUUCUUCGUUGGGUCAAAGACCACCCCAUAAAAAUCGAACGAGAUAAACUCCGAUUUUAUGCGAGCAGUACUAAACCAGGAUCGACCUUGAUCGAGACCUUGAGAAAGACGUUCUACACCGAUCCUGAUCUCGAGGAAAAGCAUGAGGAGAUACUCCGAGGGCUUGAAGACCGCUUUCGCGUUGAAGCUGUCCAGAUCGGGGUGUUUCAUCGAACUAGUUAUCCAGAAAGAGGCGCCCUUUACCCUCGAGAUUUCUCUAUUGAAUGGGAGAAGAUCUGCACUGGAUCGGGACCAUCAGGGUGGCUGACCUUUGAAUACGACCAUAAGCAUUUUCAGAUAACAGUUGAGUUGUUCUCUUCAAAUUAUGCUACGACAUUGACGAAGAAUUGA